AUGGCUGGCGCAGCUGGUACUGGUGCUGGUGCUGGUGCUAUUGCUGGUUCCAGUCUGCCGUUUGCCGCCCACCUGGCUCCCUGGCUCCCCGUCUCCCUACGCGACCAACUGCACUGGAAUGCGCUGCGACGCGGCGACGACCAAGGGGCCCAGCUGCUGCGACACACGGCGUCCCCUUUUGGCUGCCACCAUGGACGCGUCUGCUCUCCAACGCUCCGUGCCAGAAGAAUGUAUCAGCUUUUCGUCACCGCAUCUGCCAAAGACCACGGCAGACGGCAUCCUUUGCACUACACGCCCGACGAACCCAUCGAGGGUCCAUCCAUGCUCUUGCCACCACACCCUCUACUGCCCAUCGCUCAAGCCCAUCGCCCACCUGCUCCUCCAACUGACGCUUCUGCUUCACUCUUUUCCAUGCAGCCUGAAUAUCGCCGCUUCCACAUUGGUCAGCUGCGUCUGUAUUUCUUGCACGCCCCACCUAUGAUUCCAACAUGA